AUGAGGGCAUCAACUCAAGCAUCCGUGCUGGAGGGCGUCUUUCAAAGACGGCUGCUCAAGCCAUUCGCCCAGCCUGCCGAACUGGGCGAAGGGGGUCAGUCUAGCAGCUCGAAGCUAGCGGUCCCGGCGGCGCUCCAUCUAUGGGGUCCACAAAGGAUUGUGUGCACCAUCGAAGGCCCCGAAGACCUCGAGGAGCCGCAUCCAAACUCUCAGGGGGGUCCCAAUGCAUGGAUCUCUGAGAUCCGGGACUACCUGAAAGACAACAUCCUUCCUGAAGACCAUGCAUCCGCUGAGCGCAUAGUACGAUUGGCUAAGCGAUACGCGGUGAUAGAAGGGGAUGUCUACCGCCGUGGUGCCAAUGGCAUGCUCAUGCGGUGCAUCACCUAG